AUGGUGAAAGCUGUGCAUGAAUUUUUUGGUAGUAAGAAACAUUUACCAUGUUUUGCGCAUACUACCAAUUUAAUUGUUACCAACAGUUUGAAAGAUGUCAAUAAUAUUAUUUCUUCAGUGAAGGCUAUUGUUACGUUUUUUAAAACAAGUCAUGAUGCGGCCCAAAAACUUCGAACAUAUCAAAUACAGAAUGGGAAAACAGAAGGUUCUUGUCUGAAACUUAUUCAAGAUAUAAGUACUAGGUGGAAUUCGACAUACUACAUGUUGAAACGAUUUUUGGAGCUUGCACCAUUGAUUAGCAUUAUCCUUUUUGACAAUCAAAAUAUUAAAAUGAUUGAUCAAGAAAACAUUGCAAUUUUGAAAGAGUUGAUAUUGGUUUUAGCUCCCUUUGAAGCCAUGACUGUCGAAAUGUCAGGACAAAAUUAUGUCACUUCAAGUAAGGUUAUACCAAUAGUACACUGUCUAAAGCUUACUUUAGAUAAAGUAGAAGUUAGCACUAACGUUGUCAAACAAAUUUUGAAUAAGUUAAAAGAGGAGGUAGCGAGAAGGUUUUAUUCGGAUAAUUCCAGCGUGGAAAAAAAUAAUUUGCUGUCAGUUUCUACUAUACUCGACCCAAGAUUUAAACGCAUACACUUUGAAAAUCCAUUAGCAGAUACAGCAGCAGUUGCAAGAAUAAAAGUUUUAAUUGAUGAACACAAAAAAAAUGACUCAGUGUCAGUGUCACCACGAAAUUAUGACAAAAACCAAGAAAAACUUACUGACAUGACCAGUACUGGAUUAAAUUUAUGGGCGGUUCAUGACAAAUUAUCCAUUAAACAAAAUGAAGGAGUUUGUAACAAUUCAGGUAUACCUUCUGAAUUAAAAAACUAUUUAAACCAAACCUUAAGUUCAAGAACAGAAGAUCCUAUCAAGUUUUGGACUUCGGUCAAACAUGUAUAUCCAUAUUUAUCAAAAAUUGCUUUGAAACACUUAAGUAUUUUAGCCACAUCAGUGCCGUCUGAAAGACUUUUCAGCAAAGCGGGUAUUAAUUUAAGUGAACUGAGAAAUAGACUUGCAAGUAAAAGACUCUCCGCUCUUCUUUUUUUAGGAUCUCUAGAGGAAGACGAGUGGCAUUUAAAUAAUUGA